UUGCUUUAAAAAGGAUUACUGAACUAGACCUUCCAUCACAAUCUAAUCCUCAAAUUCUCUUAUACUUGCAAAAUCCGCUGGGAAAUGACUGGUUGAGACAUGCUCAUUGUCAAUCAGGGCGUAUUGAAAAUGAACCUAAUUUUAGUUUUAUCCUAGAUUAUUGUUUUGGGGAAUUACAGAAAAUCAAGUUUGUUGCGGUAAACAGUGAUAAAUCUCUGAAAUUAGAACCUCAAGAUUCGGCUUGGAAUGAACAAGAUCCCAUAGGAGAGUUUGUCACUGACAUCGGGUCUAUUUUAGGAAAAUCGAAGGGGAUCCUUAAAGGGAACCUUGUUUUAACGGAACGUCCUGAGAAAGAUCCAUACCAGAUUAUCAUCGUCGGUCGUGAACUUCCACCAAAAAAUGGUAAAACACUUAAUUUGAAAAUUCAAUGUCGCAAUCUUCAACUACCGAAACUCGCUGUUGGAGCUGAUGUAUUUUAUAAGUUAAGUAGCAAAAUUCAAACAAAUCCUGACACUCCUAGUGAAAUGAAAGUUCUUUAUGAAAGCGAAAGAUGUUAUUCUAAAAAUCCUAAUUGGUCUGUAACAAAAUUAUCCGAAGGUGAUUUACAGAAUGGGGGAUCUAAUGAAGAAAUCAGUUUCACUUGUUGGCAACAUAAACGUGGUAAUCAUAAGUGCAUUGGAGAGUGUAUAAUUAAAAUAGAUAACCUUUUGUCAUCAGAAAAUGUUGGUUCUCAACAAAUUUCACUCUCACCUAAAGGUGAACUGUUAUUACAAUGUGCUUUUGAAAAUACUUUCCUUGACUAUAUUGCAGGUGGUCUUGAAAUAAAACUAAAUAUAGCAAUAGAUUUCACAUCAUCAAACAGACAAUAUGUACACGGAAUUGAUUUGCAUAACAUUUCUUUGGACGAAACUAGUUAUCAACAUAUGAUUCGUUUAGUAGGAAGUGUUAUGGAGAGUUAUGAUACUAAUGGUCAAAUUCCAAUUUAUGGAUUCGGGGGUAAAUUUUAUGGUUCAGGGGAUGUCUCUCAUAACUUUCCUUUAAAUCAAGAUGAUCAACAACCUGAAGUUAUGGGGAUUUCUGGUGUACUCGAAAUUUAUAGAGAUACGUUAUCAAACGUAACUUUAUCUAGUCCUGCCAAUUUUACACCUGCAAUCAUGUCUGUUGUUAACAGACUGCAGCGACUUGUUGACAACAAUGUGAACGUGUAUGAAGUUUUGCUUAUAAUUACAUACGGACUAAUAGAUGACAUGGAAUCAACCAUAAAGGCAGUUAUGAAUGCUAGUGUCUUACCUCUCUCAAUUGUUAUUAUUGGAUUAGGUAAUGCGGAUUUUACAAAUUUGAAUACAUUAGCGAAUGAUUUUAUGAGUUUUAAUUGGGAUGAUUUAAAGCCACGAAACAUAGUAAAUUUUGUUACUAUGAAAAAUUUUGAAAGUCAGGACCAAAUAGAUAGAAAUUUACCUAAAGCGGUUUUAAAUAAGAUUCCAAGUCAAAUUAUGGAUUAUAUGUUACGAAGAGGAAUUACACCACGGAAACAAAUAAGAUCAGAAACAUUGGAUAAUCUUUUUGCAGAAAAUAGACCACCUCCUGACUCUUUAUAA